UUAUUUAUGGUUAUGUGAAAACCAUAUUGAAGGGCGAAAAAAAGGCGACAGGAAACUAGGGUUUUCUUAACUCUCCAAUGACGCGGCCGGCGGCUCUUCCAAGUCGGCUGGAGGUUGGAACACUAUCGGGGGAGGGACAGGGCUCUUUGCCAGUGAAGGAAGUUAUUCAGAAUACAGAGGAAGUGCAGGGUUUCGUUUCUAAUCGAUCCGUGGAGGUGGGAACAGAGUCACAAAAGGUUGAAGAUGUCGUUGGUCUCAGUCAGGAAGUCUCAUCAAUCAAAAAGAUCAUGGGUCCAAGUGGCCCAGAAACGGGAAUGAGUGCCACAGAGAAGGGUACCGAUCUUAUAAGAGGAGAGAAAGGAGACUCUGAGGAAAAGGAAAAGGAAGAGGGUUGGAUUACACCAAAAUCUGGUCGUAGUCCAGGGGUAAAAACAGAGGAACUGAAAUAUGGAGAAGUCUCUAUCCUAUCAAACCCAUACUCAGUGCUGGAAGUAGAUGAUGAAAUGGAAAGGGAAAAACAGGUUGAGGAGACAAUCAUGGUUAAAGAAGUCACUAAGGUGGGAGACGUGAAUAUGGAAAACACUCUAGACCUGGAUACAAAAGAAGAUAAGACAGCAGACCUAGCAGAAAAAUCAGAAACAGUGGUUAAGGAUCCAGAUUCAAGAGCGGAGCUGAUCCUGCGACCUCGAGGAUCAAAAACGGCCCACAAAAAGAAACCAAAUCUUUCUACUCAAUCAGUUAGGGAACCCCCUAGAGAUCAGAACAGGAAGGUUACCCACAAAAAAAAUUAAAUGUCAAGUUUCUUUUGGAAUGUGUGCGGCCUAAAUCGAUCAACAAAACAUUCCGUUUUAA